AUGAAAAUCAAAAUAAUUGGCUCCGGCUUUGCUGGUUUAUCGUCUGCAUUGUAUCUUAGUCGGAAUCCAUCAAAUUUCAUAACUAUUUACGAUAAAUUUAAUCGUGUUCAAAGUGUUGGGGCGGGCAUUCUAAUACAGCCGUCAUCUAUGGAAGUAUUGAGAAAACUAAAUCUUUAUGAUGAUUUGCUAAAGCGUGGGGAAAAAAUUUAUAAUCUCGUAGGAAUAAAUCAUGGCGAUCGACAAGUAUUUCUUACUUCAUACAAUGACUAUGCGACACAAUGUUUCGGUGUCGGAAUUCAUCGUUCUACACUUUUUCAACUGUUGUAUGAUCAAUGUAAAACAAAGGCAAACAUUGAAUUCAAAUUAGAACGAGAAAUUACGUCUCUAGAAGAUCAAUCAUUAUUCAGUGAUCUUUUAAUUGUGGCCAAUGGUUCACAUUCUUGUCUUCGAGAACAAAUACCGAUUAAGCAAUCAUAUCGACUAUAUCCAUAUGGUUGUUUGUGGACGACUAUUGAAGAAGAAUAUACUGUACCGAACACUUUAUAUCAAUAUCUAAAGUAUUCGCGAGAAAUGUUGGGCAUGCUACCAUCAGGAGUAGACGAUCAUGGGAAAAGGAUUAUAAGUGUUUUUUGGAGUUUACCAGUUACAUCGAGAAAUACGUAUACGAAAGAAGAGAUUUUAAAAGACAUGAAAUUUCAUCUUCGUCAUCAAAAACCUGAGUUAAUUGAAAAACUAAGUCAAGCAAAUUAUUCAUUCGCCGUUUAUGCUGACGUCUAUAUGAAAAAAUACGAUCAUAAAAAUAUUGUGUUUAUUGGAGAUGCAGCACAUGGAAUGAGUCCACAAUUAGGCCAAGGUGCUAAUAUGGCAUUAUUAGAUAGUUAUUUUUUGAACAAAGUUUUGACCGAAAGUGAUAAUAAUGUUGAGUUAGCUUUACCAAAAUAUACUUCAAUAAGAAGUCCUCACAUAAAAUUCUAUGGUCAAGCCAGCAAAUUUUUGACACCAUUGUAUCAGAGUGAUCAGCAGUUGUAUGGAAGAUUUCGAGAUAUACUUUUUUCUAUUGCAAAAUACAUGCAAUUUUCAAGAAAUAUUUCAAGUCAGAUUCUAUGCGGAAAAAAGACUAGUUGGAUAAGAAAUAAAGAAAUCGAAUAUUAA